CACAUCCCUUGUCCAACUCAUCACGACACACACAGACCUCCAGCAGCAUGUGAGUCGACAAGUUGUGUACACAGAGGAAGUCGAUAGAAAUGUUUAUAGCUAAAUAGAUUUGCUAAGAAUAAUAUCUAGCAGGCAAAGGCACUCAGACUACGCCAUGUCAAGUACAACAAUUGCAAAUACCGGCUUUUAAAGCAGGAUAUGUCGGUAGACUGAUUUUUAACUUGCAGUUGCAUGCCAGCUAACUUAACGUUAACAAGACCAAAAAAAGCAACCUGUUGGAGUUAUCAGGGAGCUGAAUGGCCUCUGUGGUGGCCUCUGUUGUGACUGUGAAAACCGAGAAGCGACCAGCUCAUGCUGAUACUCAGGAUGUUGACUCCAACACCAAAAAACCCAGGAUUUGGGAACCAUCAAUGGAACCAUCACUCAAUCUCUGCCUGCCCCAAAGGAAACUGCUGCCCAGCCUGAAGACCAAGCGGGCGCCCGAGCUGGUCCUAGUUAUUGGUACAGGGGUGAGUUCAGCUGUGGCCCCUCAGGUCCCCGCGUUGCGCUCCUGGAAGGGUUUGAUCCAGGCCUUGUUGGACGCGGCCAACGACUUUGACCUCCUCGAGGAAGAGGAGAGUAGGCGUUUUCAGAAGAGCCUGCAGGAGGACAAGAACCUAGUCCACGUGGCUCAUGACCUCAUCCAGAAGCUCUCUCCGAGAACAGGCAAUGUGCGGUCCACCUUCUUCAAGGACUGCCUGUACGAGGUGUUUGACGAUCUGGAGUGUAAGAUGGAGAACGCGGGGAAGCACCUUCUCCGCUCCGUACUGCAGUUGAUGGAGAGUGGCGCGCUGGUUCUCACCACCAACUUUGACAACCUGCUGGAGAUCUACGCAGCCCACCAGGGAUCGAAGCUGGAGUCUCUGGACCUAACUGAUGAGAAGAAGGUCCUGGAGUGGGCUCAGGGGAAGAGAAGUUUGAGUGUUUUGCACAUUCACGGCGUUUACACGAAUCCCAGCGGUAUUGUACUGCACCCUGCUGGCUACCAGAAUGUACUGAGGAACACGGAGGUCAUGAGGGAGAUCCAGAAACUGUAUGAGACCAAGUCGUUUGUGUUCCUGGGCUGCGGGCGCACGGUGGACGACACCACCUUCCAGGCUCUGUUCCUGGAGGCGGUCAAACACAAGUCGGACCUGGAGCACUUCAUGCUGGUGCGGCGUGAGGACGUGGGAGAGUUCAAGAAGCUGCGGGACAACAUGCUAGACAAGGGCAUCAAGGUCAUCUCUUACGGCAAUGAAUAUUCCGACCUGCCUGAGUACUUUGAACGGCUGGCCAACGAGAUCUGCAACCGCGACGCUGUCACUAACGGCUGGGGAUCUCCCUCCCAAGAAGAACAGGAAACCCAGAAUGGCUUUCAUUCACAGAAAAGCCUCCAAGACUAUCCUUCUUGACAGGCACAAAACAGACAGGAGUAUCAGUCAUUUUCAUCCACAGUUCCUUCAGUCCACUUCUACUCAGGUUUCAUUAGAUCUACUACUACUCCGCCAGGCAAAUAUGGGCCAGAAGAGACCCAUGUUACUACUCUAGUCACCCGCUUAUUGUUUUUAUUUUCACCUUUACCGGUUGUCAUGACAAAAGGAAAGACCCAGCCAAGGAGCUAACAGGAAAGUAAACUGUUAAAGCAGCUGGCAACCCAAUCUAAGUGUUUCCCUACACCCUAACAUCUGGAAUAGGAUGUUGGCAAGGGAAAUGGAAGACUGAUGGAUGUGUGAAGUAGGGAUGCCGUAAGGACGUCCCUGACCUGGAUUCUCGCUCAACAUAAUUUGGAAAUGAAUCCUGUCCUGAAUGAAUGGCUGCAGAGUCCUGAGGACCUAGAUAUGCUAAAGACUCCCUGAAUUUGAAGAGAAGCAGGCGUGGCAAAAAUGUAGCACAACAUAUCCACAUCAGAGGAGGCUGGUGGAAUGCGCUAUAGAAGGAUGGCUCAUUGUAAUGGCUUGAAUGGAACUGGGUCAAACGUGGUUUUCAUAUGUUUGAUACCGUUCCAUUUAUUCCAGACAUUAAUGAGCCUGUCCUAUAGCUCUUCCCAUCCUCCCCUGUUUAGGAUCAACUAUGCGGUGCUCUUAUGAAACUGUCAAGUCUCAAAGCAUACAGCAUCAAUAGGCGUUAACUAUGUAGUCUCUGAAAAUAAUGCAUGACAUGCUAACUUGAAAGCAGCUAGUUCAAUCUGUGAAGCAGUUAAGGAUGGUAACAUGUUGAAAGGUUUUUGAGAAUCUUGUCUGCAGGUUCAGCAGAGUGACAUCCAUUGAGUUAGAUGAGGCAUCUUUAAAGUAACAAUCACUUGGCCACUCGUGCUGAAAAAAAAUAGUAUACUGUCCUUUUAUAAGGCUUUUGGAUUUUUAAUACUGCAUGUUUUGUGAAAUCUGUAGGUAUUUGUGCUAUAUAAAAAUAAAACUUUGGUAUCAUACAGUGCAUUCGGAAAGUAUUCAGACCCUUGACUCUUUCCACAUUUUGUUACAGCCUUAUUCUACAAUGGAUUAAAUAUUAUUUCUACACACAAUACCCAAUGACAAAGCAAAAACAGGUUGACAAUUUUGCAAAAGUAAAAAUAAACUUACAUAGGUAUUCAGACCCUUUACUCAGUGCUUUGUUAAAGCACCUUUGGCAGCGAUUACAGCCUUGAGUCUUCUUGGGUAUGACUCUACAAACUUGGCAUAUCUGUAUUUCGGGAGUGUCUCCCAUUCUUCUCUGCAGAUCCUCAAGCUCUGUCAGGUUGGAUGGGGAGUGUCGCUGCACAGCUAUUUUCUGGUCUCCAGAGAUGUUCGAUCAGGUUUGGAUUUCGGGAGUGUCUCCCAUUCUUCUCUGCAGAUCCUCAAGCUCUGUCAGGUUGGAUGGGGAGUGUCGCUGCACAGCUAUUUUCUGGUCUCCAGAGAUGUUCGAUCAGGUUUGGGCUGGGCCACUCAGAGACUUGUCCCGAAGGCACUCCAACAUUGUCUUGGUGUCAUUGGCCUGUUGGAAGGUGAACCUUCGCCCCAGUCUGAGGUCCUGAGCGCUCUGGGGCAUGUUUUCAUCAAGGAUCUCUCUGUACUCUCCUUUGUUCAUCUUUCCCUCUAUCCUGACUAGUCUCCCAGUUCCUGCCGCUGACAAACAUCCCCACAGCAUGAUGCUGCCCCCACACUUCACUGUAGGGAUGGUGCCAGGUUUCCCCCAGACGUGAUGCUUGGCAUUCAGGCCAAAGAGUUCAAUCUUGGUUUCAUCAGACCAGAAAAUCUUGUUUCUCAUGGUCAGAGUCCUUCAUCUGCCUUUUGGCGAACUCAAAGCAGGCGGUCAUGUGCCUUUACUGAAGAGUGGUUUCUGUCUGGCAACUACCAUAAAGGCCUGAUUGGUGGAGUGCUUCUGGAAGGUUCUCCCAUCUCCACAGAGGAACUCUGCAGCUCUGUCAGAGUGACCAUUGAGUUCUUGGUCACCUCCCUGACCAAGGCCCUUCUCCCCCGAUUGGUCAGUUUGGCUGGGUGGCCUGCUCUAGGAAGAGUCUUGGGUGGUUCCAAACUUCUUCCAUUUAAGAAUGGAGACUGUUUUCUUGGGGACCUUCAAUGCUGCAAUCCUGUCUGAGCCCUACGGACAAUUCCUUUGACCUCAUGGCUUGGUUUUUGCUCUGACAUAUUGUCAACUAGGACCUUAUAGACAGGUGUGUGCCUUUCCAAAUCAUGUCCCAUAAAUUGAAUUUACCACAGGUGGGCUUCAAGUUGUAGAAACAGCUCAAGGAUCAGCAUGCAUUAAUUGUCUCAUAGUAAAGGGUAUGAAUAGUUAUUCACACAAGGUCUGUUCAUCUUUAAAUUAGAACAUUUCUAAACCUGUUUUGGGGUGUAGAUUGAGGGAAUUAAAUCAAUUUUAGAAUAGGGCUGUAAAAUAAAAUGUGGAAAAGGGGGCUGAAUACUUCGCGAAUGCACUGUACACCAGUUGCCACCCGACUCUUCCUGUUGCAACACUUUUCCAUGUUGCCAAGAGAUUACAUUUUGCCUUUGUUAUCCAGACCACACUAUCAGCAUUUAUGUUCCAAGGUUGGAAUUGGAAAACGUAUAAACACAAGCUGUAAGUUGCUACAGGUUAUUAUAGCAGCUUUAUUUAGAAAUGUUUACAUUCUCAAAUUGACAUCUAUAUAGCACUACUGCAAAUUAUAGGGAUUGGAAAAAUGUAAGACAUUUUUUGACCCUUUGUUAUUUUGUUUUAAAAAUGACAAAGGGGUAGAAAGCUAUUGCUCCAGUUGUCCAGAGACCUUUGACGUCUCUGGACUUUUAACCCCACAUGUAAUAACCCAUGUCUCUUCACCUCCACCAAAUUGAAGGGGCAUUGAACUCUCCAAUUGCGGGGGCAUCGGGGGGGUUAUAGUGGUCCAUCAUGGAGAGCAAGAGAAACAGAAGAUAGUUGCUGGAUGUAGUGCAGGCUUAUUGAUGUUUUAAGCAGACUGUCACCCCUGCAGUGGUGAUGCUUCAGGGAGACGGGAUAGGCACUAUGAUCACUAAGCUUUACUCAGGGACAGGGUGGCUGCUGAAACGUGUCACCUCCAGCAAGCAUUCAUACCUGACAUUUUCUCAUUGAAGUGAAGGGGAAAAAAGACACCAAAUGCCAGGAAGUGAAUUUGACAUCCUCUAUUUGAUCGGAUAUAAAGUCAGGAAAUGUCUCGUUUUACUUCACCACAUUUUAAAGCUAAACAAAAUUGAGGUACUUUUGAAUUUGGACCAACAGUUUACAGAGGAUGCAAGAGACCUUAGUGCCAUUUCUCGCUUUCUAAAUGUUGCUUAAAAGUCAACAACCGCCCCGUUCCCAGACGGAGCUGGGAGGAAGCCUGUGAGUUUUGCGUUUGGUGCCAUGUGGAGGAUCAUAGUUAGGAUGUGAACUGCAGGACAGGGUUAGCAGGACCGGACAUCUCAAAGUGCAGUGUUUGGUUGGCUUUGUCACGAUGGUGAACACAGAUGCAGGCAGCAGCCACUCAGGCCUUCAUAAGGGCGCCCACCACAGCGCGGGCAUUGAGGCUCCGCAGGUCAUUGUAGGUCUGGCCCGUGCCGACAAACACAAUGGGCUGUCCUGUGAUGUAGGUCAUUGAGAUAGCAGCGCCAACCUGAAGGGAGGAGUGACGUCAGCUUUGCUACCACAAACCACGCAGACUUCUGUUCUUACACAUUCCGAUUAGGACGUCAUAAACAGCGUUUAAAAGCUUUGACUAACAUCAAACAAUUGUCUCAAAACUCUGACAUUUUGUUAAGUGACUUCUGUUAACCCAUAAGUCUAAGCUGGGGGGGGGGGGUUCUAAGCUAUAUGGAAUUGUUUUAAGAUGGUCAGACCAAGGAUGAGUUUUAAUUUUAAGACCCCUUGAAGUAUAACAAUAUAUACAGUACCAGUCAAAGUUGACUCAUUCUAGGGUUUAUUUUUACUAUUUUCUACAUUGUAGAAUAUUAGUUCAGACAAACUAAUAACACAUAUGGAAUCAUGUGGUAUCCAAAGUGUUAUUUCAGAUUCUUCAAAGUAGCCACGCUUGGCAUUCUCUCAACCAGCUUCAUAAGGUAGUCACCUGGAAUGCAUUUCAAGUAACAGGUGUACCUUAAGUUUAUUUGUGAAAUUUCUUUCCUUAAUGUGUUUGAGAAUCAAUUGUGUUGUGACGUUGUAGGGGUGGUAUACAGAAGAGAGCCCUAUUUGGUAAAAGACCGAGUCCAUAUUAUGGCAAGAACAGCUCAAAUAAGCAAAGAAAAACAGUCCAUCAUUACUUUAAGACAUGAAGGUCUGUCCAUCUGGAUAAUUUCUUCAAGUGCAGUCACAAAAACCAUUAAGCGCUAUGAUGAAACUGGUUCUCAUGAGGACCGCCACAGGAAAGGAAGACCCAGAAUUACCUCUGCAGCAGAGGACAAGUUAAUUACAGUUAACUGCACUUCAGAUUGCAGUCCAAAUAAAUGCUUCAAAGAGUUCAAGUUAGACACAACUGCAUGAAGUCAGGUCUUCAUGGGAAAAUUGCUGUAAAGAAACCACUACUAAAAGGACACCAAUAAGAGACAUGAUUGAGCCAAGAAACACGCGCAAUGGACAUUAGACAGGUGGAAAGUCCUUUGAUCUGACGAGUCCAAAUGUUUGGUUCCAACCUCUAUCUUUGUGAGACGCAGAGUAUGUGAAUGGAUGAUCUACACGUGUGGUUCCCACCGUGACACAUGGUGGUGUGAUGGUGGUUUGCUGGUUACACUGUCGGAUUUAUUUAAAAUUCAAGGCGCAUGGCUACCACAGCAUUCUGCAGCACUCCCAGUUACGCCAUCCUAUCAUUUGUUUUUCAACAGGACAAUGAUCCAAAACACACCUCCAUGCUGGGUAAGGGCUAUUUGACUAAGGAGAGUGAUGAGGACCUGUCCUCCACAAUCACCUGACCUUAACACAAUUGGGAUGAGUUGGACAACAGAGUAAAUGAAAAGCAGCCAACAAGUGCUCAGCAUGUGGGAACUCCUUCAAGACUGUUGGAAAAGCAUUCCAGGUGACUACAUCAUGAAGCUGGUUGUGUGUGGAAAGCGCUCAUUAAGCCAAAGGGUGGCUACUUUGAAGAAACUCACAAUAUAUUUUGAUUAGUUUAACACUUUUUUGGUUACUACAUGAUUCCAUGUGUUAUUUUAUAGUGUUGAUGUCUUCACUAUUAUUCUACAAUGUAGAAAAUAGUAAAAAUAAAGAAAAACCCUUAAAUGAGUAGAUGUGUCCAAACUUUUGACUGGUACUGUAUAUAUUAGAUUAUUUUUGGCCUUACUGCUAUUAGCCCAUACAAAUUGAUUAAAUAACAGACUCACAACAUGGAACAGAUAGUCCCAACAAAAUAUAAAAAUGAAGUUUGUUCUGAAGUGUCUGUCCUAUAUCUGAGGGAUAAGAAAGAUCAGGAAACUUUUUAUUUUUACAUGUAUUUAAUGGCAUACAAACCUUGUCAUCAAUGGUGUCAAACUUGGUGAGAACGAUCCCAUCAAUGAGACGUGGCUUAUCAGACAUGGAGUGAUCAGCCAGCGCCUGGUUAAAUUUCACCUGAAAGUAAAGUAUCGCACUCGUUGUGGAGUGCAACAGACAGCUAAGCAAAUCAACAAACAGUUACAGUAAGUGGCAGGUAGCCUAGCGGUUAAGCAGAGUGGGUGAGUAACGGAAAGGUCUCUGGUUCGAAUCCCCGAGCGACUAGGUGAUAAAUAUGUUGAUGUGCCCUUGAGCAAGGGACUUGAACCCUAAUUGCUCUUGUAAAGCACUCUGUAUAAGAGUGUCUGCCAAAUGACUUAAAUGUAAAAUGUGCCAUCUGCACAACAUUGAAAAAUAUAAUCCAAUAGCAUAGCCCAUUUCAACUUUCUAGGGUUGUAAGUACAGCUAAAGCUCGCUUUUUUAUGCCAUUUUAAUCCUUGGAUGGGCCGCCUAAGCGUUUUUUUUUUUCAGAUCACCUAAAUCCAAAGUGUAAAAAAAGCUCUAGAAGUGAAACGUUCUCAGCUCCAUGACAGAAUAUGUAGAAUUACAAUAAAUUAGUUUUAAAACCGGAAUAAAAAAUUUGCUUCGCUCCAAUAUUCAACAAUUUUAGGAAAUUGGCUUAGAAAUGCAGGAUGCAACCCAGGUUUAAAAUCCCCAUGCGAAUUUAUUUGGCAGUCCGUUUUUUUUAUCUUCUAGGGAUCUGAGUGUCAGAGGCUGAUUAAACAGUAUGAUGUUAUAUGUUCUAAAAGGACUCUUACUAGCUGGUCCACAGCCUCGUUGCCCACUAGCGCCUCCCCCACAAACAGCACCAGGUCAGGCAUGUUGACAGCUAUCAGCUUGGCCAGGGCCGUCAUCAGUGGGGUGUUGUCCUGCAUCCGUCCAGCUGUGUCCACCAGCACCACAUCAAAGGCCUGGUUACGGGCUGGACAGAGACGGGGAGACAAAGGAGGAUUUCUUCACUUGGUUGAAUGGAUGUCUGGCAUGGUCCGUAAACUCAGUUUAUAUGUGAUAAAUUAAGAAGCAUUCGUGAACCCCUCCUGCAUAUCACCAUACAGUUAAUUGAGAUCAGACAACAGAGCGAUUGCAUACUAUGGGGCUAAAAUGAUCUAAUAUAUGAAUGGCAAGCUGGGGCAUGGUAUGGUUACCAUAGGCGAUAGCCUCCAUGGCGAUGCCAGCGGCGUCCUUCCCGUAGCCUUUCUCAUAAAGCUGCACUACAGGCCGUCCCCCGUCGUCCUGAGGGGGGUGCAGGGAGUUAAGGCGGCGCUGGUGGGUACGCAGCUGCUCCACGGCCCCCGCACGGAAUGUGUCACAGGCUGCUAUCAGCACGGUGAAACCGUUCUCGAUUAGCCAGAAAGAGAUCUGCACACAGAGGAUGGAGGGUUUCAGCAAAUAAAACUAUUUUCCCUGCUGGUUUUUCUGUGGUCUGAAUGGGGACUUACUAGGUUAUCGGUGGCCUAUGUAUCUAGGUCAUAGUACAGCCAGGAAAGUCCCAACCAGGACCUGGUUUGGUUAAAUGGAUGCAACCCAGGUUUAAAAUCCCCAGCAAUACCAAUCUUUUCAAUAUAAUGGAUUAACAGGAAGAAAAAAAACAUUGACACACUGGUGGAUCUAACCUUGGCGAGGUUGGUGGACUUGCCAACCCCGUUGACCCCACAGAAGGUAAUGACGAAGGGCCUGCGCUGGCUCUGAGCCUCCAAGACGUCUCUCAGGAUGUCCACACGCCGCUUGGGUUGCAGGAUCUGUACCAGGGAGUCCUGCAGGGCCCCCUUUACUGUUGAUGCCACAGCUAGAGAGAGAGGGGAGGGCUUUAUCAGAGCAAGAUGUAUACUCUGAACUGUUGUGCAGUGUCUUCGCAUCUCUUUGGGGGAGAGAAGUCCAUCUAGUUCACUUCAAUCUCUCCACAGGUAAACUCAUUCUAAUGUGGACUUAUUCUAUUCUGGCUGGGUGGGUGGAAGACAAUUGUACUCACUGGUGAAGGUACCCAUGACUUUGCCCUCCAGUUUCUUGGCUACAGAGUCACAGAGUUGGGAGGCAAUUUCAGCUGCUACAUUCUUAGCUGCAAAAAAAAUUGAUGACAUAAGUAUUCAUUGAAUACAAGUCGACUGUGAAGCUUUUCCCUCAGGUGAACUAGGACAUGAACAAAUCAAGGUUGGCUAGUUAUGUACACUCCCUUAUGUAUUUGGACAGUGAAGAUAAAACAUUUGUCUCUAUACUCCAGCAUUUUGGAUUUAAGAUUAAAUGUUUCAUAUGAGGCGACAGUACAGAAUGUCACCUUUUAUUUGAGGGUAUUUUCAUACAUAUCUGUUUAAGCAUAUAGAAUUGAAAGCACUUUAUGCAUCUACUCCCCCAUUUGAAGUACAUGUGGAUGCUACCAUGAUUACAGAUAAUCAUGAAUUAAUCAUUAAUAAUGAUGAGUGAGAAAGUUAGAAGCACAAAGAUCAUACCCCCAAGGCAUGCGGACCUCUCACAAUUACCAAUAACAAGGGAGGUAUGAUAUAUAUAUAUAUAUCCCUCUAACUUUCUCACUCAUUAUUCACAAUUCAGGAUUAUCCGUAGUCAUGGUAGCAUCCACAUUAAUGUAUAAGUGUUCAAGAACAUUAUUAUUUUCACCAUAAGUGACUCCAAAAUGACAAUACAUUAUUUACCAUUAUUUUCUAUUGUCAGCAACAUAAUCUGUAACACAACAAACUUUAAAUGCAGCCAACAAGUUUGUAACUUGAUGUCAUUGCACGCUAGGAAUAUGGGACCAAUACUAAACUUUUGACUACCCCACAAGUUAAUUAUUUCAAAUACGUACGACACCUUCAAAUGGAGGGACUAGAUAUAUAGUGCUUUCAUUUCUAAAUGUUAAAACAUAUGUAUGAAGAUACCCUAAAAAAAUUAAAAAAGACAUUCUGUACGGUCACCUGAUAUGAAACAUUUGAUCUGAAAUCCAAAAUGCUGGAGUAUAGAGACAAAUGUAAAGUUUUAGCUUCACUGUCUAAAUAAAUACAUAGGGGAGUGCAUGUGUUAAACUGAUACUGUAGUGUUGAACAGAGGAGUCCAUACCAAUGAGGUGGUCUCUCAUCUUGUCCAGAACUGGCUCCAUGUCCUCCUGGCUCAGACUCUUGGAACCCACCAGGCCCUUGAGCAUCCCAAACAUCCCCCCAAAAGUACCCUUUUUGGGGCUAAAAAAAAAUUUAAUGGAUACUUAUGUCAGGUGCAACAGGGCACAACGUCCCAUUCAAAGCUUCCAUUGCUCAGCCAUGCUUCUUAAUAUCUGACACAUGUAAUAAUCUAAGUGUCUCACAUUUGUUUGCUUGUGUCAGCAACUACCACCCUCUCCACCGCAUCUUCCUCCUCAUCCUCGCUGGACUCGUAAUCCACAGCGAGCAGGUCUCCCUUCAUCGAGCUCAGCUGCAUCCCCUGGACAACAAGACACGACUUUAUUAAGAUGUGCAAUUCCUAUAAACUAAGCACUUCUACACCACAUGGGCCUUAUUUAUUAAGGUACCAACAGAGCAUCCCUGAAGGCUAUUAGCUCUAGUCUGGUUAAACCAGUGACCACUACACUCACAAUUGUUUCACUUUCCAAAUAAUGUGAGCACAGAUAUUCACUCUGGUACAACCAGGCAAUAUUAGCUCUGCUGCGCUCAAACCCAACAGGCACAUACCGGGUCAGCUUGAGCAUCCAGGACAUGGUCCCCAGUAGCAUGGGCACCGUUGCCAUUGCGCUGGCUGUAGUCCAGUUCCUUGGUGCUGCUGCCACCCAAGGUCCACACCCGCUUCUCUUUCCCCUUGGUUUUCUCCUUCGCAGGUUUGGGGGACUUACUGAAAGGCAAGAAACAAUGUGACUUUCAGUACUGAAACAACUGUCAGUAACAUUCUGAAUUAGAACUUUAACCACAUUGUGUUCCAUUCCUCCCCCUACUCACCUGGGCUUCUCCGCAGGUGCCCACAUGCGCUUGCGUAUAAACUCCUCUCUCUUCUUCUGAAUGAUCUCCUCCUGGGUCAAGCCCUGGUUACCAUUCUCCACUGUCUUCUGGGCACUGGCUGGAGCCUUGGCUUGUUCCCCUUUCACAGGCUCAGCAGCAGGAGCUGGGGGGAAGAUUUCAGAAACUAACCCCUGCCAUACAAAACAUUAUCAAUGUCCCCAUGAAAUUAAAACAAGAAAAAAAUAUGGGACUGGUUUCAAACCGAAAUUGUGUAAGGAAGAACCAUGACAAAGUGCUUGUAUUCCAACAAAACCUCCAUAAUAACCACAUCAAACCCUUACCUUCUUUUUUGGCAUUCUUAUUCUUCUUUCCACCCUGUUCCUUGCCCUUAUCCCCUCCCUUUGUCUCGAUCAUGGACUUCACAGUUUUCUGGGAUUUCAGGGAAGCAUUGAAGCUCCUCAUGGAGGUAGGACCUCGAGCUUUGCUGCUCUCCUCCGCCUCACUAGAGCACAACAGGACAGUAACAGAAUCAAAGCACGAAGCAUUUGACUUGAAGUAUUGUGAAAUUAUAUUUCAUACAAGUAGCCUACUGGUCCUUGUAGACCUGUGGGCUGACAAUUCAACAGCUGGUUGUGUGAGAUUCAGCAUAGCAAAUUAGUUUGAAAGUAUAAUAUUAUCUCUUUAUGCACCAUUAGUUCAGCUCUGUAUGCAGUAUCAGCCCUAAGAUGUGAAACUGCUUACCAAAGAAGCAUUUUGAAGUCAUCCUCAAAUGCAAAACAGCUGCUCAACAGUGUACGGGCCCCCUUUUGCUCCAGCUCAUUCUUAUAGCGAUCCCUGAAGUGGAGCUGUACAUCAUCUAUGAACUUGUCAACAUACGACAGCGUCAGGAUUUUUUGAAAACCCACC